GGAGAAGCCAGGUCCUACACGUGCGUCUGUGACGCCAUCUCGGCGCGACCCUUCAUUUCCUUAGAGUUCUCUGGCUGCUCCCCUUGAGCUAUGCCGAAAGUCGUUUCCCGGUCGGUGGUCUGCUCUGACACCCGGGAUCGCGAGGAAUAUGAUGACGGCGAGAAGCCCCUCCAUGUCUACUACUGUUUGUGCGGCCAGAUGGUCCUGGUGCUGGAUUGUCAAUUAGAGAAAUUGCCAAUGAGGCCUCGGGACCGGUCUCGCGUGAUUGAUGCUGCCAAACACGCUCAUAAGUUUUGUAACACCGAAGAUGAGGAGACUACCUAUCUUCGGAGGCCUGAGGGCAUUGAACGUCAAUACAGAAAGAAGUGUGCAAAGUGUGGGCUUCCGCUCUUCUACCAGUCCCAGCCGAAGAAUGCGCCUGUGACGUUCAUCGUGGAUGGAGCAGUAGUGAAAUUUGGUCAAGGCUUUGGGAAAACCAAUAUAUAUACUCAGAAGCAAGAGCCUCCUAAGAAGGUGAUGAUGACCAAACGGACUAAAGACAUGGGCAAGUUCAGCUCUGUUACUGUGUCUACCAUUGAUGAGGAAGAAGAAGAGAUAGAGGCUAGGGAAGUUGCCGACUCCUAUGCACAGAAUGCCAAAGUGAUUGAAAAACAGCUGGAGCGCAAAGGCAUGAGCAAGAGGCGACUGCAAGAGCUGGCUGAAUUGGAAGCCAAGAAAGCAAAAAUGAAAGGGACUCUGAUCGACAACCAGUUCAAAUAAUUCAGAUCUUUCUGAGUUGAGACUGGAGGCCGGCACUUAAAUCAAGACGAAAAAGCUUCUUGAUUUCAUGGUCUCGUUUCUAUGUCCCAGGAAGAAUCUUUCUGACCAUCCCAUUGAGUUUCCUGCAUUGCUGUUCUUGUCUUUCACUAAAAUCCUUGACCCCAUUUCACUUGCUUUCUAGGAGGUAGAUUGUUUUCAAAUCUUUGUAUAAGUAAGUUUUCUGUCUUGUCUUUGAGACAAGUUCCUGGUACACACUGGAGGAUGGCCCUGAACCUAUAAUCCUCCUAUCUUAGCCCUCCAGUGCUGUAACUGCAGGAAUGCACCACCGUGCCUGGCUUCCCUGUCAGUCCUCUUCUGUCAUAUCUUUAGGGCUAGAUAAGUCUCUAGUUUCUAAGGUUGAUGGUUUGGUGGUUUGUUUUUUUUUUUUCCGAGACAGGGUUUCUCCAUAGCUUUUGGUUCCUGUUUUGGAACUAGCUCUUGUAGACCAGGCUGGUC